GUCCGAGGCGUGUGGGUGGGUGAAUUCACGCCGGAGUUCCUGAAUCAGCCAGUCUAGACGUCUGCGAAGGUUUUGAGAAAAUAACAAAAACAAAGACUCGGGUUUCGCCGGGAAACUUGAAGAAGAGUCUUCCAAGAAGGAGGAAUAGGGUACUUUGGACUUUGUCGGCGGUUGACCGAUACCUUGUGAUGAAAAAAAAAGAAGUCCGUGAAGGCGGUUGAAAUCGUUGACUGAUUGCGAGCGAUAGUGUCGAUAGUGCGCGAGUUCAAUUCCGAGUUUAAAAGCUCAAAGCUGAACCGCGUUCUGCGUACCGUUCGAGAAAAGUGCUUUGGGGAUGGAUUUCCAGUGUUACAUUUCAGUGAUCAGUUACAGUUUAUCGUUAUCCAUGACGAUGAUUAGUGGUGCUCGUUAUGGUUGCUGAAACUUCUGACUGUUGCAACGGGUCGAAUCGUUUUAGGAUUCUUCGGGAGAUUCAAGGUCAGCCGGUGCUGUAGUCUCGUCUCUACUGAAGUUUCAACAAGCCAGACUUCACGGAUCUGAUAACGUUUCUGGCGUUGUGGUACAUCGAUGAACCGGAGUGUCGAUCCAGGGUCGAAGCGAUUGACGUUGAUUUGAUUCGGUGCGGCGAGGGAACUUUGCUCUGCAUACGGAAAUAAGAGAAAUCGCUGAUAUAACAGGCGACGAGAUGAGGUGACAUAUUCAACGAUGAGUUUAACGAGGCGGCCGCACCUGAAUGAGCUACAAAAUCGAUCUUCGUAACAUAUCAAAAGUGAGAAUAAACGCGGCCUUGUCAAUACAGCUGGAUGCUUGUUAUAACAGUACGCGAUUUUGAUCGAAUCGUUAGUGCGUGAUAAAUGGUAAAUAUCGAUUGAUAAUUCCCCGGUUAAAUUAUCGGCGAAGUAGAGAAAAAUCCUCCGCGUCAAUUCCAGUGCUGUCGUAUUACGAAACAGCUGUUGCAGUUUGUGCAGCGAAUUUGAUAAUAUUGUGCCAUGUAAAUAAGGUGUAAUUAAUAAUACGAAGGCUAUCGGCGAUUAAGAAUAUCAAUAAAAAUUGUGAUAAUCAACAUAUCGAAUCGGAAUAACCUCGCAAAAAUCAUUGAAUUUGAUAAAAGUCAAGCUUAACAAGUGACGGUCCGAAAGUGAUGAAAGUUCGCUACUAAAUCUCUCGGAACGAAUUUCGAGACUCACGAUCGGGUCCAUUUUUACUUCCAGCCCGUAACGAGAAAACCUCGAGAUACCUGCUCGAGUAUUAUUUGAAUAUCCUUUUUCCUCGGGACUUCGUGGUGGAAUUUCAAUAAACCCUCGAAGGGCUCCGAUUAACGAGGCACGGUUCCCCUGGUAUCGAGUGAACGUCGCCAAUUCAAAAGUCGAGAAAUGUUGUUCAGGUAACCCGAGAUCAUUUCUCUCUCUGCGGUACCGGAAGAACGAAAACGACAAACGAAAUCGAACGGAAGUAAAGAGCGAGUUAAAGUGAAACGCUCGUUUCGCGAUGAAGCUGAAACUGAAAAUCGCGGUUUUAGCCUGCGCGGUCUGGUUGACGGUUUGCUUUUUACUCUACACCGAGGAUCGCGCUGCUGCUGCCGAUCAGAGGCAUCCACAACCUUCCGGCCUCGCCGCACCCCAAUCCGCAAACGGUUUUGCACCCCCGGCGGUUCCGCUUCGGCGAGACACCCCCGCCAAUGGACACAGCAAGACAAAAUUCAACCUACAAGCCGGCCCCGAACAAGGUGGGGGUGUCCUCGCCGCUCCCAGGGAACCCGACGCAUCGGCACCAGGCGAGAUGGGCCGGGCUGUUGUUCUGCCAACGAAUCUCACUGUCGAGACGAAGAAACUCGUCGAUGACGGCUGGCUCAACAACGCCUUCAACCAGUACGCGAGUGACCUGAUAUCCGUGCAUCGAACCCUCCCCGAUCCCAGGGACCAGUGGUGCAAAGAACCGGGAAGAUACAGAACCGAUCUUCCGCCAACGGCAGUGGUGAUUUGCUUCCACAACGAGGCUUGGUCCGUACUUUUGAGGACCGUCCAUUCCGUCCUUGAUCGUUCACCGCCUCCGUUACUCCAGGAAAUUAUCCUCGUCGACGACUACUCGGACAUGCCUCACCUGAAGCGGCAGCUCGAGGACUACAUGAUGAAUUACCCGAAGGUGAGGAUCAUCAGGGCUCCUAAGAGGGAGGGACUGAUCAGGGCGCGUCUCCUCGGCGCCGCGGCUGCGAAAGCUCCGGUCCUCACAUACCUCGACAGUCAUUGCGAGUGCACCGAAGGGUGGCUGGAGCCUCUCCUCGACCGAAUCGCGAGGGACUCGACGACGGUCGUUUGUCCCGUCAUCGACGUCAUCGAUGACUCGACGCUCGAGUACCACUGGCGAGAUUCGGGGGGCGUCAACGUCGGUGGUUUUGACUGGAACCUCCAGUUCAAUUGGCACGCCGUGCCUGAACGAGAAAAGAAGAAACACCAGAACUCAGCAGAGCCGGUCUGGUCACCGACGAUGGCAGGGGGGCUCUUUUCGAUCGACCGUGCCUUCUUUGAAAGACUCGGAACUUACGACAGCGGCUUCGAUAUAUGGGGUGGUGAGAACCUCGAGCUGUCUUUCAAGACUUGGAUGUGCGGAGGUACCCUUGAGAUCGUGCCAUGUUCCCACGUCGGGCACAUAUUCAGAAAACGAUCCCCUUACAAAUGGAGAAGCGGAGUAAACGUUCUGAAACGCAACAGCAUCCGCCUUAGCGAAGUCUGGCUCGACGAGUACGCAAAGUAUUACUACCAGAGGAUUGGACAGGACAAAGGAAACUACGGGGACGUAUCGGACCGCAAAGCGUUGCGGAAGAAAUUGAACUGCAAACCGUUCAAGUGGUACCUCGACAAUAUAUAUCCGGAAUUGUUCAUUCCGGGUGAAGCUGUCGCUUCUGGCGAGGUUCGAAAUCUCGGAGAGGGUGCUUCGACCUGCUUAGAUUCACCGGCCCGAAAAGGAGACCUUCACAAACCGGCUGGACUCUACCCUUGUCAUCGGCAGGGCGGAAAUCAGUACUGGAUGCUGAGCAAAACCGGCGAAAUUCGGAGGGACGAAUCAUGCCUCGAUUACAGCGGGACGGACGUGAUUCUCUACCCGUGUCACGGCAGCAAGGGAAAUCAGCAGUGGAUAUACGACGCUCAGACGAAGCAGAUCAGGCACGGAAGCAGCGACAAAUGCCUAGCGAUCACCGAAAGCAAGCAGCGGCUCCUUAUGGAGGAAUGCUCGAUGUCGGCACCGAGGCAGAGAUGGUCCUUCGAAAAUUACGACCCUUCGAAGCUGUGAUACCGGCCCGUUUCCGAAUACCAGCUGAGCCGCCUUCAGCCGCAGCUUCGGCAUCGUUCCGAGGGCUUUUGGAUCGGUGGGCAGCGAUAUUCCGUUGCGAGGACGCGAUUCGGAUGAUAGGCGACGACCGAGCUACCCUUCACUGCCUGCCUCUUCCACAAGGACGAUUCGUUCGUUCCCAAUGGUGAAAAACCCCGGUGAAACGAUGAUUUACCACGUCGAAGAAUGAGGACGGAGUCGAGGAUUGAUCAGCCGCUAUGACGGAUCCGAUUUUCCGAUCAUACUCGCGCUUCAUCUUUCGCUCUCUCCCUAUCUUUUUCUUUCUCUCUCCCUUUCUAUCUCUAGAACGUAUCUGCAUGUGUGUAUGUAAAUAUAGGAUGUAAUACGGUAUAAAAUAUUACCCGGCGAGAUCAAAGCUCGAAUGAAGAUCAGUGUACGCGUAAAGCUGUUUGAAGAUUUUUCAAUCUUUCAAAGCGGAUAUGGUAUACAUACAUGUAUAGUUUUACCGUAUCGUUAUACCAUCGAAAGUCUGGAUCUCGUCUUUUUUUAACGAGACACAUUAUACGUAAUGUACCAAUGCGUCCUUGCUCUGUCGAUAUUUCGAUUCAAAGCCGAUCUGAGAGGAGAGAAGAAACGUUUUUUUUUUCUUUUUUUUUUUUUUGCGUAUAAAUUGUUGAUUUACGUUACGAUAACACGAAUUAUACAUACAAGAAUGGAAAAAUAUCAGGCCUUGAUACGCGAAGCGAAAGAAAAACGAGGAGUGAGAAAAUUAAUUGCACGGCAACGAUCCCUCGGGAGAAAUUGAGACGAUUUCUUUUCCUUCUUUUUAUAUUAUUUUUUUAUUUGUUUUAUUAUCUUCCGAAAGCAAUAAUUAUAAUGAUAAUCAAAACGGUACGCAAUUAGGAAAAAAAAAAAAAAUUUCCGGCAACGAACAUGAAACGAAGCUCUUACGCAGAGUCGAAAACUAAGCUUAUUGAUACAAUUUGUGAUCAACUAUUUCCAUCGUCAGCUAUUCGUUAAGUGUAAUAUCGAAAUUGGCUGAAAAACGAUUUUCACCAGCGCACCGCGUACCUGCGUAAUAAAUGCAAUAUAUUCGUUAUCGAUCCUUUCGCAGCUUCGAACGGUAUAAUUUUCAGGCUAAUUCACAAUACGUGUAUAAUGUAUAAAAUCGAAUUCCCGCGUGUUGAAACACCCUGUCUGCGUCUUCCAAUAUUACUGCACUCCGCGAGCUCAACUAUUGCUAUAUUUACAUGUAUACAGACAUAUAUAUAUAUAUUCAGUAUAUACACGCAGACUGUUGUGAGGCCGCGACGCGUUAAUUAAAUCGUCCGUAUAUAAUAUCGAUCGUUUUUAUUAUGCACAUAUAUGCAUAUCAGCGAAUCUCUAAGGUAUCAAAACGCGUGUCCCGUCUGUGCUUACGAGCUCAUUCCUUCGUCUGUGUAGUUUUUGCUGGGGAUCCUUGUUUGAAAGAACGGUUAAACAUACGAGACGAAAAACAGCCUCUGAUAAAGAAAGAAGAAAAAUUCUUUGUACCGUAACCGACGCGCGUACGAAUUUAAAUACAUAUCUGUAAUGAAUGCCAGAAUGAGCAAAUCGUAUUGUCAUAUUCUCAAAAAGAAAUUUGCCUCUCAUUGAUAACGGAGAGCUAUAUAAGGCGAAGCGAUGAAAUGAGAUAAAAGAUAAAAAUUUAUACAAAUAAAAAAUACAAUUACUCUGUUGAAAAUGCGGUUUACGUAUCUAGGUUUCAUAUCAUGACGAAGUUAUCGUCACCACUCGCUGCUGUUAUAUCGUUGUGCAAAUCUUUACCAAUCAUUCUGUAUAAUAAGGCUAAGUAUCUCGAUCGCAGAGACAAAUAUGGCUGUAACGUGUCGUUGUGCGAAAAGUUCAAUGUACCAUAUCAGAAUGUAUAUUCGUAUAUGUAGGCUUCGAAAUUAUCUCGUAUCGCACUGUAUUCAAUUUCAGUUCUUCUUCUUCUUCUCCUUCUUCUCCGUUAAUCUCCGUUCAAGUUUUCGUUAUUAUGGCAUUUUUUUUUUUUUUUUUGUUUUUUCGAGUCGAGAAACUUUUGCAUUCCAGAGAGAGAAGACGAGAAAUUAUGAAUAUUGCAAUAUUGCAUUUAUAUACAACUGGAAAUAUAAGAAAUUGAUGACGACAUGAAACAAAAGAAUAUAAACUGGUGUGUAAAAGAAGAUUCCAUUGGACACUUCAAUUCAGAUUAUAAUGAAAAUGUGAAAAGUGAAAUUUUGCGUAAUUUAUCCACGCUCGAGUGGAUUGAUCUUUUUCUUGGCGUAAAUCAGAAAAACUGUCGCAAAAAAAAAAAACCACACGAAAAAAGUGAUAAAAUAUACAUUCCAGGUUUAUAAGUUUUUUGUACAUUGUAAUUGUAAGAUAUAUAUAUAUAUACGCAUAUGCCUAAUUAAUUCUACCAUUUAAAUCAUAGACAAAUUACGAUAAAAUUCUAAUAAUAGUGUUAUAUUAUAUAUAGGCAUAUUCGAGUAAUAGAGAUUAUACGAUUAUAAUUCGAUGAGUGGAACCCGAAGCGAUUAACGAGUAACGAUCGAUCGCUUUGUAUCUACUGACGUUGAAACGCUUCCGGUUCAACGGGAUAAAAAGAGAGCAUAAAAUAAGAGAAGAUGAUCUGGAAAUUUGAUCAAUAUCGAUGUACAGCGUCUCUUGUCUGCAGUUUAGCAUUUCUAAUUGAGAGAGAGAAAAAAAUCUCUAUAUAAAAACAACAGUUGAAUAAAUAAUAUUUUUAAAAUAGUGCCACUGCAAAUUUCUAGCUAUAAUUCACGGUACCGACGAGAUACGACAUAUAGGUAUAAUAGAGAGUUAUUCUCAUUUGGCGUGUAACGCGAUAGGUGAUUGAAAUUGACGAAAAAAAAUUGACUAUCUGGUGUAUACGCGAUGCAUUGAUCUCGCGGAACAUCCGAAUCGAUUUAUAAAUGAAUAAACGAAUGCAUUACUAUGUAAAAUAUUGCAUUAUAACAAUAUGCAAAAGUAAAUUAUACAAAUAUACAUAUGCGGUGUAUGAUAAUAGUGAUAAUGACUAAUUACGUAAGCGCUUCGUGGAAGUAUUGUCGUACCAGUGCGAGCGGUGAUUACUUAAUGAUACAUACUACAGUAAUAACGUAUAUUCAAGUUGAACAGGAAUUUUCAUGAUAAUUAAACAUCGUUAUUAGACAUACGUUUGUAUGACUAUAUAUAUAUAUAUAUAUAUAUAUAUAUAUAUAUAUAGAGUGCUUCGUCGCGAUAAAAUGUAUUAUAUCCAUACAACCAGUGCAUAUAAAUACAUACAUAUGUGUCAUCUGUUUUUAACGUAAAAAUACUAACGAGAAUAAUAACCAAUGAAUUAGGAGUAGACCUAAUACUUAUAUAAUUAAUAAAAAUCGGCGUGCGUCGUUUAAAUAUUAUAUACAUAUAGACAAUUACUAUAGUUGGCGGACGGUGUAGAAAGUGCGCGAAGAAGAACGAACGAGUAAAUUUAUACUACAACAUUUUCUACUCUUUAAUGAAGAUGUAACAUAUCCUAAUAAUAAUAGUAAUAAUAUUAUUACAUAGGAAUAAUUAUAAUUAUACUAUUACGAAAAUUAUUGGCGUGACAUAUGCCGACACGUGAUACUUGUAUCAUCAUCAUCAUCAUCAUCAUCAUCAGGUGUAUAUCGAGUGUGCUGUUCACACCGCGUAACGUACAAAUAAGAUCAGUAUAUCAUAAAAAAAAAAAAAAUUGCAACCCUCUUCGCGUGAAAAGCGGACGUGGAUCGCGCUAUAAUCAUAACGUAAUAUCAACCGUGCCUUAUUUCGUGUACAUAAAUUACAUAAAUAUUAUAUAAUAUUUCAAUGACGAUAAUAUUAUGCAAGCAUUUGUGUUUAAUAAAUGGAUGUUGUUUUAUGUUA